AUGUCCGCUCACGGAGCAGUGUGGGGGCGCGUGCGGAGUCGCCUCCGCGCCUUCCCCGAGCGCCUGGCGGCCUGCGGGGCGGAGGCCGCGGCGAAUGGCAGGUGCGUGCAGGCCUCCACGGCCCCGGGCGGCCACCUGCGGAAGGACUUCUGCGCGCCGGAGUUCGAGGCCCUGAGGAGCUGCUUUGCCGCCGGGGCCAAGAAGCCCCUGACGGGAGGCUCCUAG